AUGAGGCUAUCACAUCGAGUCGGUUCGGCCGCCGCGCUCAUUAUCCUCGCCCUUUUCCUCCUCAUCCGUCGCCUGAGCGCUCAAGAAAGUCCCAAGUCCUUCUGGCGCUUCGACACGACAUCUUUCCACGCCGCACUCCGACCACAACCAGCGCAAGAGGCUAGUCAUCGGAAAUGGGGUGCUGGAACGGGACGCUCGAAUGUCUUGACUUAUCAACAAACCCCUAUUGUGAUCCCCGAUGAGGGUAUCAUUGUCAUGGGUAAACUCCGUGAGGAGGACACUGCUUGGGUAUCCGCGGAAUUGGCCGACUGGCGCAAUUUCAUCUACACCGUCGACGACCCAUCGGCGCCCGUGCGCACGCCGAAGAAUAAGGGUCGCGAGGCUCUGCCCUAUCUGCAAUACAUUGUCGACCAUUACAAUGAUCUCCCGGCCAUCAUUCUUUUCCUGCACCCCCACCGCGACGGAUGGCCCCGCGCCUGGCACACCGAUACCAUGGACUACAACAAUAUAGACUCCGUGCGCGCCCUCCAGCACGACUUUGUUCAGGCCGAGGGCUUCGUCAGUUUGCGCUGUCAAUUGUCGCCCGGUUGUCCGGCCGAGAUCCAGCCAUUCCGCAAGCCGACAAAGCCGGGCAACACGGGUGAGAAGCAUUACGCGGAGGCAUGGAAGGCGCUAUUCGGUAAUAAUAAUGUGCCCAAGGAGAUUGGCGCGCCGUGUUGCUCGCAAUUUGCCGUGUCGCGCGACCAGGUGCUUCAACGCCCGCUCAGCGAUUACAAGCGCAUGUAUGACUGGGUGUUGAAUAAUGAUCUACCGGACGACGUCACCUCCAACAUUAUGGAGUAUUCAUGGCACAUUAUCUUCGGCAAGGAUCCUAUCUUCUGCCCGGAUACAUUCCAGUGCUACGCCGACGUGUACGGCGAGGAGGUCGUCGACUAA